AUUUUGAUUCAUAAAACAAGUUAUGCAUGAAUUCAACACAUCCACGAAUCUCUCGUCAUAACAUAGAAAUUAAGAAGCCAAAAAUCAGGUUCCAAAGGUUUAACAAGUCCGAAGAAAAGAAUCACCGAGAAUUCCCCAUCGUAAUGAUGACCAAAUUCUGCGUAUUGACUCACUCGUUAAACAACAAAUCUUUUUUAAAAACCGGAAUAAAUACAUUUGUGAGAACAACUGUGUCUUUAAAGUAUAAAUAAACACAACGCUUAGUAGUUUGCUGAUGUGCUAAGUAGAAUGUUGCUUUAGUGCUAAGUAUUCAUUGUUAUUGAUCGAAUCUCGAGUUGAAUUUUGGUUUAAAUUUAAAGUUAUUUUAAAGUUUUGUGAUCACUUAAAGUUUGCAUCUAGUGCCAAAUCCAUCUUAUGAUUAAACUUUCAAUAAAUGCACAAAAAAUGUCACUUAAAUCCUCAAUAUUAGCUUCAAUUUCUCUAAUCAUCCUCACAUCAAUCACAAUUAGCAAUGCAGGAAGUGUUUCAUACUUAAAUGGACUAGAAGAAGAUGACAUAUGUGAAUUAAGCACUGGAUCUUUAGGAGAAUGCCGCAAAAUUUCAGAUUGCAUUGAUGAGUUUGAGAAUUUCCGAAGUAGAAGAUUAAAUAUAUUGACAAUAUGUAAAUAUGAGAAGAAGCACUACGACACGUUAAUUUGUUGUCCGGAGCAAUAUCAAAACAGAGUGUCAAUUACCACCUCAAAUAUUACUGAAAGAAAUAAGAAUGGAGAUAUUUUUGACUAUGAAACUUGUCAACUUAAAUUGCUAAAAUAUCGAGAAAAUUCAAUCAAUCCAGAAUAUUAUGCAAAUGCUGUACGUCGUGGAAUCAUUCCAAAUAAUGUUGAGAAUUGUAAUAAAUUAGAUAAACUCUAUAAAACUGCUCAAUCACAAGAUUUUGCAGUGAGCAAUAACAAAUUUCAGUGUCCGAAAGAUUUCUUGAUUCCUCCUUAUAAUCGAGAUGUGUACGAACCAACUAUUAUCAAAGGUGAUCGACCAAAUAUGGUAGCUAUUGGAUGGACACAAAAGGAUAAGUCGUUGAUUUACAGAUGUGCUGGAUCUAUUGUCACUGAAAAGUUCAUUGUUACAGCUGCACAUUGUAGAUAUUUUGAUAGAAUUCAAGCUGAUUCCGUUCGUGUUGGAGAUCGUUAUCUUGUCACUCAACUCGAUGAUGAGAAUGCACAAGUUCUUCAAAUUGAAAACUUUGUUUCACAUCCAAAUUAUGACUCACGUUACCUUUACAAUGACAUUGGAUUGAUCAAAACUUUUGGAGAAAUUGUGUUUAGUCGGUGGGUGACUCCAGCUUGCAUAGCUGAUUUGGAUCAAAGUAAAGAAUCGGGAAGCUUUUAUUCUUGGACUGUUGCUGGAUAUGGACAAACAGAAGAUAAAGUUCCUUCAAAUACUUUAUUGGAAGUGAUAGUCAAUAAGCUUCCAAAAGAGGAUUGUGACAGCUUCUAUGCUUCUAGUCCAUAUUUGCCUAAUGGCAUUCAUGAAAGUCAAAUUUGUGUUAAAAGUCUUGCUAGCAACUUUGAAAAAGAGACAUUUUAUCCAAAUACUUGCUAUGGCGACUCCGGAAGUCCACUACAAUACAGAGAUAUUUAUGAGACAUUCCCAGAUAAUUUCAACAAAACUUUGAUUUCUGAUAUCUAUAAGCUGUAUACCUUGUUAGGUGUAGUAUCUCUUGGAAAUGGAGAAUGCAGCUUCAACCGUCCAUCAAUUUAUACAAAUGUUUAUUAUUAUCGUGAUUGGAUAAGAAAAGUUAUGAAUAAAAAUUAAAUGA